AUGGAUCUAAUUCAUCAACUCAACGAUUUUACCCUUUAUCGUCGCCAAAAUGAGACUUUCCAUUCGGGAUAUCGAUAUGAAAAUUCCCUUUCCUUUGAAACACUCGCCUAUCCAAUGGAGAUGACUCUUUGGUUUCAGAAUAAUUGGCAUCACUCGAUCACAAUCUCCGUUGUUUAUUACAUUCUUAUCAGGAGUAUUCAACGAUUGAUGAGAGAUCGCCAGGCAUUUACCCUUGAAAUCCCACUUUUCUAUUGGAAUUCCUUUCAUGCAAUCUAUUCGACGAUCGCUUUUGCACGCCUUGCUGAGGAUGUCGGUCAUUCUUAUUCGAUUUCCUUCUACGAUGCCAUCUGUCGUACAUGUCAUCCAAAUGAUGCGGCCGCUUUCUGGAAUCUCACUUUCGCCAUUAGUAAGAUCAUAGAGCUUGGUGAUACACUUUUCAUUGUUUUGAGGAAGAAACCCCUCAUCUUUCUUCAUUACUAUCAUCAUGCUGCAGUUCUCAUCUAUACUGUUCACUCAGGUGCCGAACAUAUCGGUGUCGGUCGUUCAUUCAUCAUGAUGAAUCUCUUUGCGCACGCUCUCAUGUACACAUAUUAUGCGACAAAAACUACCAAGCUCCAAAUCCCCAGAUGGGUGGCGAUGGUGGUGACAACUGUACAGACGACUCAAAUGUUGCUUGGAGUGCUUUUAUCGGCUUGUGUUUACUGGAUAAAGACGAACACCGAUUGGAGAUGCCAACAAUCAAUGGGAAAUCUCUACCUCGCCUUCGUCAUUUACGUCACUUUUGGAGUCCUCUUUGCUCAAUUCUUCUACAAGGCAUACCUUCGACCCAGAAAUCAAAAGACAAAAAAAUUGGAA